GUGCUCCAUCAUUUCACUUUAACAAGCAUUGAUAUUAUCGCAGACAAUUUCCUUCGUAAUAAGAUUUAUAUAUACAAAAUCGGAUGAUGCAGUUAUUUCCAAUGACAUGUACUUAUUUUCUCUCUUCAGCAAUAUAGAAGCGCAAGGUUUAAUAGAGAUAGUUUAGUUUAUAAUGGUAGUAUUAUAACUAAACUUUUAUCGAACUAUAGAUAGGAGCUUAUUCUAAGUAUACAACUGAGCACAUGCAUUUGUCUGGCUUAACAUUUUCUAAAAAUAGACACUAAGUGAACAAGAAGUAAUAAAAUGUAAAAUGGAAAUUAGUAACCAACACUAAUCAAAUUAUUAAAUUACCUUUCCCAAGAAAUCUCAGCAAAAUAAUGCAAUGGACUCACACUCACUGGAUUUUUGAAAAAAAUUAUCAACGACAUUACUCGAUAUCCAAUAUAAAAGAACACAGGUUUCAGAUUAGGUUCAGUUCCGCGUGUCUGUUCCCAUUAACCGACACGAUGUGGUUAAAGUUUUUGAUUUUUGGACUUCUUAGUUGCUACGUUUUAGCAGACAGUAGUGAUAUACCAUGCCCUCCUGUAGACGGUCCUGAUGCAGUAUAUUUCCCACACGAAUCAGACUGCAGCAAAUUCUACGAAUGUUCUAAUGGUGUAGCUUACCUCUUCGAUUGUCCAGCUGGACUAGAUUUCAACCCGGUUAAAAACGUUUGCGAUUAUCCAGAGCAAGCAGGCUGCAGAAAUCGAACCACUGUUUCUCCAUCUUCUUCCACUUCCUCAACUGCUUCUCCAACUUCUUCAUCCACAGAAAGCUCAUCCGCUUCCACGGAAUGCUCAACCAAUUCUCCAACGCCUCCUGCCACGACAAGCUCAAGUGCUCAGACUACAGAAAGCAGCAGCGAGAAUCCUCCUGUGACAACGUCAGUGUCGACUUCGUCUUCGUCUAAGCCUACUUCUGCUUCUACAAGUGCAAAGCCCUCAAAGUCAACACCAUCUAAACCAACUUCACCUACUAAACCUACUCAUCCUACUAAACCAUCUAGACCCACUAGACCAUCUAAACCCACUAGACCAUCUAAACCCACUAGACCAUCUAAACCCACUAGACCAUCUAAACCCACUAGACCAUCUAAACCCACUAGACCAUCUAAACCCACUAGACCAUCUAAACCCACGAAACCAUCUAAACCCACUAGACCGUCUAGACCCACUAGGCCAUCUAAACCCACUCAACCAUCUAGACCUACUAGACCAUCUAAACCCACUAGACCAUCUAAGCCUACUCAACCAUCCAAACCAACUACGCCUAACGAUGAUGAUUCCAAUGAAUCUGACGAUUCUAAUGAAUCAAAUGAUAGCAACGAUUCGAAUUCUUCUAACGAAUCUAACGACUCUGACGACUCCGAUGAUUCGAAGGGCGAAGAUGACUCUGAUGAAUCUAGUGACUCCGAUGACUCUAAUAACUCCGAUGACGAUAGCUCUAGCGAUUCUGAUGACGAUUCCAACGAUGAUUCCGAUUCUUCUAGAGAUUCUAGAGAAUUUGCCGCACAAGGGGCUGAUGCUGAGGACUUGUUCAAGCUACUUUCUGGCGGUCUAGAUAUAGAUCCUAUACAAGGCACAACUUGCGAUCCAGAGCAAAAUAUUGGAGCAAUGACGAACCAUCCUCAGUCUUGCACAAAAUAUCUUAAAUGCUAUAACGGUGUCACUCUUGUAAAAAGUUGUACAGACCAGUAUUACUUCGAUGAUGAUAUUGGCAUCUGUGUGGUACCGGGUUACACCACAUGUGUAAGUCAGUCGUAAGUGUGUUUGCAUUAAAGCUGUCAUCGAAUGCAGACUUGUAAAAAAAUAAAAUAAAAAUGUGAAUUAAAUGAA